AUGAAUCGCAACCGCGCAAGCAGUCUGGAUGACCCCGAUCCUAUCACCAUCCCUUCCAGCCAACAGCCCUCCAGCCGCGCGCUUCCACGAAUCAAGACGUACGCCACCUCCGUCGCCUCCGCCGGCGGCCCCGACAGCUCCUCCCUCACCCGUCGCUUCUCCAACCUCGAGUCCGCCAUCGAAGAAGAACCCCAGAUCCACGUCGACCAUGCGGUGGCCGAAGAGAUCGCAGAGAUCAAAAGAUACGAGGACUUCACCACGAUAGACUGGGUGCAAGAUGCAGCGAGAGAACAAGCACGGCGGAAAGCGAGGCGAGUGGAGCGCGCGGGCUUCUUCGACGACAGGGGAAAGCUCGGCUGGAGACGCACGCUCUGGGAGGCGUACGAUGCGGGCCAAGGCUGGAUUGUCGUCACGCUGAUUGGCAUCGCGAUAGGGCUGAAUGCUGCCUUUCUCAACAUCGCUACCGAAUGGCUGUCGGACGUCAAGCUUGGCUAUUGCACUACCGGCUUCUAUCUGAACGAGUCCUUCUGUUGCUGGGGUGCCGAGGGAGGUUGCCCGGAAUGGCGACGCUGGUCGUCUUUCUGGCCUUUCAAUUAUAUCGUCUACAUCGCUUUUGCUACGCUCUUUGCCUUCACAUCCGCCAGACUGGUCAAGUCAUUCGCGCCUUACGCCGCUGGCUCGGGAAUCAGCGAGAUCAAGUGUAUCAUUGCCGGCUUCGUCAUGAAGGGCUUCCUGGGCUUCUGGACUCUACUUAUCAAGUCCAUUGGCUUGCCUCUGGCCAUUGCUUCUGGUCUUUCCGUCGGCAAAGAAGGGCCAAGUGUGCAUUACGCCGUGUGCACUGGUAAUGUCAUCAGCCGACUCUUCCCCAAAUAUCGACGAAACGCGGCCAAGACCCGCGAGAUUCUUUCUGCAACGGCAGCAGCCGGCGUUGCUGUCGCUUUUGGCAGUCCAAUCGGCGGAGUGCUCUUCAGUUUGGAAGAGAUGAGCAACUACUUCCCACUGAAGACGAUGUGGCGAAGUUACUACUGCUGUCUUGUGGCUACUGCAGUCCUGGCUGGCAUGAACCCGUUCCGUACCGGCCAACUCGUCAUGUUCACCGUCCAAUACGACCGCGACUGGCACUACUUUGAAGUCAUCUUCUACAUCUUGAUCGGAAUCUUUGGCGGUCUGUACGGCGCAUUCGUCAUGAAGUGGAACUUCCGCGUGCAAGCCUUUCGAAAGCGAUAUCUCUCGCAAUUCCCCAUCCUCGAAGCCAGUCUCCUGGCACUCGGAACCGCAGUCCUCUGCUACCCCAACAUGUUCCUUCGAAUCGACAUGACAGAGUCUAUGGAGAUACUCUUUCUCGAAUGCGAGGGCGGCCACGAUUACGACGAGCUCUGCGACCCCGCUAACCGUUGGCGAAUGGUCAUCACGCUCUUUCUCGCAACGGUGAUGCGCAUCUUCCUUGUCAUCAUCUCUUACGGGUGCAAAGUACCCGCCGGCAUCUUCGUCCCCAGCAUGGCUAUCGGCGCUUCCUUCGGCCGGAUGGUGGGAAUCAUGGUUCAAGCGCUCCAACAACGCUUCCCGGAUGCCGCCUUCUUCUCAUCUUGUCAACCCGACGUCCCCUGCAUAACGCCAGGCACAUACGCCUUCCUCGGCGCCGGCGCGGCCCUCUCAGGAAUUAUGCACCUCACCAUAUCAGUCGUGGUCAUCAUGUUCGAACUGACCGGCGCCCUCACCUACAUUCUACCCACCAUGAUCGUCGUCGGCGUCACGAAAGCUGUCUCCGAGCGUUUUGGCAAAGGCGGCAUCGCAGACCGUAUGAUCUUCUUCAACGGUUUCCCCUUUCUCGACAACAAAGAAGAGCACAACUUCGGCGUGCCCGUGUCACAAACCAUGACCGCCGAUCCCACCACUCUCACCGCAACAGGCAUGACGAUCGCCCAAGUCGAAGACGUCCUGAAAGAAACAAAGUACCAAGGCUUCCCCAUCGUGGAAGACUGGCACUCCAAAGUCCUUCUAGGCCAUAUAGGCCGCACAGAACUGCGCUACGCCCUAGACCGCGCCCUAAAAGACCAACUCGCCAGUCCGCACGCAACGUGCAACUUCAUCGUCGCCCCCGCAACCUCCGCAGUCGACACAGCGACAACCUCCACCGCCCCGCCAGUAACAUCCACCACCACCAGCGCAACAGUCGACUUCAGCAAAUUCGUCGACCCCGUCCCCCUCGCCGUGCACCCCCGACUCCCCCUCGAAACAGUCAUGGAGCUCUUCAAAAAGCUCGGCCCGCGCGUCAUCCUCGUCGAACACCGCGGCCGACUCACGGGUCUGGUGACAAUCAAGGACUGCCUGAAGUACCAGUUCCAAGUCGAGGCGCACGAUAAUCCGCGCGACGACUCGGCGCAGAAGGUGCAGCAGGAGUGGGUGUGGGAUGUUAUGCGCUGGUUUGCGGAGGGAUUGGGGGAGAGGGUGAGGAGGUGGAGUGGUGGGCGGGUGAAGUUGGGUGAUGAUCGUGGGGCUGCGGGACGGGCGGCUAUGGUUGGGGGAAGGAGAGGUGGAGAGGGAGAGGAGGCAGCGGGAGUGGACGGAUGGGGGCGGUGGGGAUGGGGAGGGAGAGGUGGAGUUGGAGGAUCGAAGGAAUGUGGUAUGAUGUGCAAAGAAGAUUUUGUAUGA